AUGUGGGAGAGUUUCAUAGAUCGUGGAUCGUGCGUGAUCUUGGUUCUCGUCCGACCUACUUGUGGUGGGGGGAGCACGUCGAAAAACAAAAUACGAUUAAAUCGGCGUUGUAGAUGUGUUGUAUGUGAUUCUAGAGGAUGGAAUAGUAUCCUUGCGAUUUGCGGAGGGGUAAUUUGCUCUCUUGUGGCUCGAGUUUCUGCGUCAUGUUUGUCGCGUUUCACGAGUAGAGUUUUCAGCAAGACGGUGAUGUCUGGCUGGGUUGCAAUAUUAGCGGUCGUCGUUGGUGCUGAUUGUAUGACUUUGUUGUGUUCGUUGUCGUCUUCACCGUUUUUUCUAUCGGGUUGUCAACAGGCUUUCAGCUCUGUUGUGUACUACUGGGAUGUUAUCUCGAAUCCCGUCGAUGUUGGUGUUAUCUUCUCCAUCGGCUGA